UUCGAGCUACACCGGGUCCAUGAUUUCGUCAAAGAUGGUAGCGGCGCACACGUCCACCCAUCCUUCCGCAUCCGCAGAAUGGAUCAUUUGCCUUGAUAAAAGGCCUGCUGAACGUUCUGGAGAAGAUGUAGACAUUAUACUUGCCCGGCUAAAGAAUGUAAAGGCCUUUGAGAAGUUCCAUCUGAAUCUUCUUCAGCAGAUCUGUCUUUGUGGAUUCUACGAGUACCUGGAUAAGGGCAUCACCUUGUAUCGUCAGGGGGACAUCGGGACAAGCUGGUACGCUGUCCUCUCCGGCUCACUGGAUGUCAAAGUGUCUGAGACAGCCAACCACCAGGAUGCUGUCACAAUCUGUACCCUGGGCAUUGGAACGGCCUUUGGUGAGUCCAUUUUGGACAACACCCCACGGCAUGCCACCAUCGUCACCCGUGAGUCCUGCGAGCUCCUGCGGAUCGAGCAGCGGGAGUUCCGGUCUCUGUGGGAGAAAUACCGGCAGUGCAUGGCUGGACUCCUGGCCCCCCCCUACGGUGCUAUGGAAAGUGGACUCAACAAUGACAGAAUGCCGGACAAAGAAAACAUGAGCAAGAGUGCAUUGGGCUCCCUGUCUAGCAACCUUAACAAGGUUCCCUCAGAAAGGAUCCGGAGAGCAGGCAAGGUUGUACGGCACUGCAUCCUGGCCAGGGCGCCCCACAUGAUCAGGGACAGGAAGUUUCACCUGAAGACAUACCGGCAGUGCUGUGUAGGCACAGAGCUAGUCGACUGGCUGGCUCAGCAGAGCUCCUGCAUCCACUCGCGGCCACAGGCUGUGGGCAUGUGGCAGGCGCUGCUGGAGGAGGGCAUGCUGAACCACGUUGACCAGGAGAUCGACUUCCAGGAUAAGUACCUGUUCUACCGCUUCCUGGACGACGAGCAAGAGGACGUGCCGCCUCCCAGUGAGGAGGAGAAGAAGGAGAGUGAGGAGGAGCUGCAGGACACCCUGCUGCUGCUGUCCCGGUUAGGCCCCGAUGCCCAUAUGCGCAUGAUCCUGAGGAAAGUGCCAGGUCAGCGAACAGUGGAUGAUUUGGAAAUUAUUUACGAAGAGCUUCUCCAUAUAAAAGCCUUGUCGCACCUUUCCACAUCCGUGAAACGUGAACUGGCCGGUGUUCUCAUCUUCGAGGCCCACGCUAAAGCCGGGACAGUGUUGUUUAAUCAAGGAGAAGAAGGCACGUCAUGGUACAUCAUUCUGAAGGGAUCAGUCAAUGUGGUGAUAUAUGGCAAGGGCGUCGUGUGCACGCUGCACGAGGGCGACGACUUCGGGAAGCUGGCCCUGGUGAACGACGCCCCGCGGGCCGCCUCCAUCGUGCUGCGCGAGGAUGACUGUCAGUUCCUGCGCGUGGACAAGGAGGACUUCAACCGCAUCCUCAGGGAUGUGGAGGCAAACACUGUGCGUCUGAAGGAGCACCAGCAGGAUGUGCUGGUGCUGGAGAAGAGUCCCAGCGGCGUGCGGCCCUCCAGCAACGGCAGCACGGUGGCCCACUACAAGUACAAUGUAAUGUCCGGAACACCAGAGAAGAUACUAGAACAUUUCCUUGAGACCAUACGACUUGACUCACACUUCACAGAAUUAGAUCCAGCCCUGGAUGACUUUGUGCUCACACACUGCGUCUUCCUCCCCAAUCAGCAGCUGUGUCCGAUGCUCAUGGCCCACUACCAUGCUCAGAUGUCCCAGGUCUCAGAGCAGGAGAGGCAGGACUACGCCCUCAGCAGCAAGCGGCGGGUGGUGCGCCUGGUGCUGCAAUGGGCCUCCAUCUAUGGAGAGCUUCUCCAGGAGGAGGAGGCCUUGCUAGCUUUCCUGGAGGAGUUGUACAUGUCUGUGUCUGACGACUCCAGGACCAUCCCGACCCUGAAGGACCUGCUCCCUGAACUGGAGAAGGUGGUGAAGCGCCAUUCAGAAGAUACCAAGUCCACCCAAAAAAAGAAAGCUGUGCUGCGACAGUUCAACACAGGAGAAGAGCGGCUUCAAAGGCAGCAGCCAAUCAAAAGUAAUGAUGAAAUGCUGCUCAAGAUCUACUGCCUGGAUCACACAUACACCACCAUCCGCGUGCCGCUCACCGCCACGGCACGUGAGCUGGCUGCCGCUGCUGCCGACAAGCUAGGUUUAACAGAGGAUCUGCUCCUGGUGGGCCUGGGCUCGGCAGGAGACAAGAUGGUGCUGAAACCCAAUGACAUUUCGGCAUUCUUCACACUUGGCAUCAAUGGACGGCUGUUCAUCUGCCCCAGAAACCAGCUCGUCUCACUGACUCCACUUCCAGAGCAGGAAGGGCCAUCAACAGGAUCAGUUGCUACCUUUGAGCUGAUGAGCUCCAAAGACCUGGCCUACCAGAUGACCAUCUAUGACUGGGAGCUCUUCAACUGUGUACACGAGCUUGAGCUGAUGUACCACACGUUUGGGAGGCAGCGCUUCAAGAAGACCACAGCCAACCUGGACCUUUUCCUCAGGAGGUUCAACGAGGUUCAGCUGUGGGUGGUGACUGAGGUCUGCCUAUGCUCCCAGCUCAGCAAACGCGUGCAGCUGCUCAAGAAGUUCAUCAAGAUCGCCGCCCACUGCAAGGAAUACAAGAAUCUAAACUCCUUCUUUGCCAUCAUCAUGGGGAUGAGCAACCCGGCUGUGAGCAGGCUGACUCAGACGUGGGAGAAGCUUCCUAGCAAGUUUAAGAAGUUCUAUGGGGAGUUUGAAAGCCUACUGGACCCCUCGCGAAACCACCGUGCCUACAGACUCACCAUGGCCAAGCUGGAUGCACCCAUAAUCCCCUUCAUGCCACUGCUCAUUAAAGAUACGACUUUCACCCAUGAAGGAAACAAGACAUUUAUUGACAAUCUGGUUAAUUUUGAGAAAAUGAGGAUGAUUGUCAACACGGUGCGGACGAUGCGGUACUGCCGGGGCCAACCUUUCAAUCUGGAUGCUUCCCUGGCCAGUAAGAACCACCAGGAGGUCAGGAGCUACGUGCGGCAGCUUCACGUGAUUGACAGUCAGAGGGCCCUGUCCCACCUCUCCCAUAAACUGGAGCCCCGCAGGGCAUAGGCUGUUACAACAUAACACUCGUGGUGCUGCUCCAAACAUAACCUUGCUUGAUGUGUAAUGCCCCGCCCACCUCAUCCAAGCCCUACCCCCAACCACAAGACGACACCCCCAGAUUCUGCAGCACAUGGGGACAUGAGUUCAGUGGAAGCCUUUUCAGGUGUUCCAAUGAAAUUGGUAUCUUCAUUGAUUGUUUACAGCAAGCAGCAUGGAGAAGCAGUGGGCUCCAGAGAUGUUCAGAGUUGUGCCUGCACAAAUAAUUAUUCCGGAUUGUUCUGAAACAGCAUCCAGAAAUUUUGAAAACAUGGAGUUCCUGUUCUGUCAUUUUCCAAAUGUGUCUGUAGAUCAGAAUUAGAAAGUUUCUUUGGUUGGCAGAUAAAUUUCUUCGAUUGGCAGAUAAACUGGCUUAAUAUCAGUUAUACUCUUAAACAAUGCUUGGAUAAAAAAAUUGUCUUCCAGAUGGUUGACAUAACAAAUGAAUUUCACUAUACUUUUUCCUCACGGAGUGUGUGGAUCAGGCUGCAUUAACUCAAGAGUGUUUUUUUUGUGUUUUAUACCGUGAUUUAAUACUGUGAUAUAAUGACCAUUAAAAACAGGUCUUUUGACUUCCUCUCGGGGGUAUAAAGCCAGUUAUGUGAUAGUCGCUGAGCAUUAUGUCACUCACCCAAGCACUUAGCACAAUCCAUGUGCCUGUUCAUUAAUUCAUAUUUACAAAUAUUUUCGUUUCCAUGAUUAUCACACACGUAAUGUAGGCUAUUACCAUGGAUGUCAUCAUUCAAUGCAUUUACACUGAAGAGGACCUUUUUUAUGGAGGAAAUGUACUGAUUACACGUUGUGGGGUAUUGGCUACAAAUGGGGGCCUAUUUGGAUUUUUAUUGUAUGUGUAUGGUGUAAAUAAUGUAAACCUAUUAAAUGUAUUGCCUGAAAAAAA